AUGUCGCAGGACAAGCCAUUACCAUUCGUGUACACCUUCGCCGCAGGUGCCGUUGCUGGCAUCUCGGAGAUUUUGACCAUGUACAACACCCCGCUUCGGUCUGUCGCACAACUACAGACGGGCAAGGGAACUGGCGCAGAUUCUUACAAUGGUAUGCUGGACUGCUUCCAGAAGAUAGUUCGAAAUGAAGGGUUCUCGAGAUUAUACAGAGGUAUCACCGCCCCCAUUUUGAUGGAAGCUCCAAAGCGUGCCACCAAGUUCGCCGCCAACGAUGAGUGGGGCAAGUUCUAUCGCAAAGCCUUCGGCGCCGAGAAGAUGAACCAGUCGCUUUCCAUCUUAACUGGUGCGUCUGCUGGAGCUACUGAAUCCUUUGUCGUUGUGCCUUUCGAAUUGGUCAAGAUUCGGCUACAGGACAAGGCAUCAGCCGGCAAAUACAACGGCAUGAUUGAUGUCGUUGCCAAGACUAUCAAGAAUGAAGGUAUUCUAGCCAUGUACAAUGGUCUCGAAAGUACUAUGUGGAGGCACAUACUCUGGAAUGCCGGUUACUUCGGCUGUAUUUUCCAGGUUAAGGAGCUCCUACCGAAAGCCGAAUCCAAGCAAGGCGAGAUUCUCAACGGCCUCAUCUCGGGCUCCGUUGGCGGAACUGUCGGUACGAUCAUUAACACACCAAUGGAUGUGGUCAAGUCGCGCAUCCAAAACAGCCCCAAGAUCGCCGGGACAGUGCCCAAGUACAACUGGGCUUGGCCUGCUUGCGCGACCGUGAUGAAGGAAGAAGGCUUCGGUGCUCUAUACAAGGGUUUCUUGCCCAAGGUCCUAAGACUUGGACCUGGUGGAGGUAUCCUCCUAGUCGUGUUCACAGGCAUGAUGGAUUUCUUCCGAUCGAUGAAGGGAAUAUAG